UCUGGCCACACUCGCCACACUACUUGCACCAUCUAUUUCCUGUAUGUUCCUGUUAACCACAUUUCAGUAUUCUUGCACGUGAUCCGUAGUGGUUAUGACGAAUAUAGUGAAUCUAUGAAGUAUCGCGUGGUGACACACACAAUAAUUAAGGAAGAAAAAGGACAGUGGAAAGAGAAAAAAAGUACUAUCGUGUAUCGAUACAGAUAUAUCCAUUAAAAUAAAGACAACAGGGAUGACGCAAAAAAAUUCAGAUUUGAAAAUUUCGCGAAAGCGAAAAUUAACGGAACCCAAUGUAGAAGAUUCAUCCAAAAACUUCAAUUUAAAAAACUUGUCGAAAGAACACAUUUUGCAGUGCAUAUCUGCAGUUUCUCAGAUAACUCAAAAAGAGUUAAAAGAAAAAAAUCUACUUCUUGCCGAUGAUGAAGUGCAACCCAUAUUUAUUCAAGUGACCUGUAUGAGAGUCCCAAAAACACCUAACAGACAAAUGAGGAUAUUAUUGCCGUAUUCAAUAGUCGCUCCCAAAGAUGAAGUGGCUCUGUUUGUUUGCGACUUGCAAAAAGGGAAAAAAAAGGAUUACGAACCAACAACAGAGCAUUAUAGAAAUUUAUUGGACGAGCACAAAUGUACUCGAGUGAAUGAGAUAAUACCGAUGAAUCGUGUGAGAACCGAGUAUGAUCAAUUUGAAUUGAAGAGAAGGCUCAUAGCUAGUUAUGAUCACUUUCUUGUCGAUGGCCGCAUUGCCGGCCAUAUAUGUCAUCUGUUAGGAAAGCAAUUUUUCAAAAAACGGAAGUUGCCAACUUCUGUUAGAAUAGAUAGCAAAGACUUGAAGCGCGAGAUUGAUCAUGCAUUGAGAAAAACUAGCAUGCAUCUUCAUUCUAAUGGUGACACACAUUUGAUCCAAAUAGGAAACACCUCUAUGAGUGAAAAAAAAAUCUUGAAAAAUAUAUUGGCUGUCUGUAAAAAUUUGUCUGAAAACUAUCCUGGUGGUUGGCCAAACAUACGAGCUCUUCGAUUGAAAACUGCGAAAAGUGCAGCAUUACCUUUUUAUAUUAGUUUAAGUAAGAAAAAUGACGUUGAUCCAUCUACAGUUGUGGUACAGCCAAAAAGACCGAAAGCUUAUCAGAAUGUAGAAGAUGAGCUGUCUACGUUCCUGAGUAAAAACACAAUCAUUGUUAAACCUGGCGGUGAAGUUCUCCUCAAAUUGCACGAAAAGCAGAAAAAACAGAAAAGUGUAAAUUAAAAAUUACUUUCAUAAAGUGAGUUUUUAUUGUAAUUUUAUAUAUACAUAACACAAUAUUUGUCGCUCACUUUACACACUUUAAAUGUAAUUAAAUCAAAUACAUUGAGUAUGAUAAAUUGA